AUGGGUAACGAAGCACCAAAACCUGCUCCUGCUAAGCCAGUUGAUCCUAUGGAUGCAAUCUUAGAUAUGAAAAUGACCUCAAAGCAAUUCGAAAGAGAAUCAAAGAAGGCCGAAUAAGAAUCGAAAAAAUUGGUUGAAAAAGCUAAAUAGGCAUUACAAAAGGGAAAUGAAGAAGGUGCAAAGCUCUAUCUAUAAAAUUCUUCCAUGAAGCAAAAGCAUUCAAUUAGCAUGAUGAGAAUGGCUAAUAAAUUAGACGCUGUCUAAUGUCAAAUGAAAAUGGCAUAAGGCAAUACUUAAAUGGUUGCAUAAUUAAACAAGAUUACUCCUUAUCUACAAUUCCACUCUCAGAAUUUACCUUUAGAAUAAAUGUAUGGAUAAAUGGCCAAUUUCGAAUAAGCUAUGGAUGAAAUUACUGUUCAACAAAAGGUUAUGGAUGGCGUAAUGAAUAAAAAUGAUAUUGGAACCGAUGUAGCUGUUGAUAAUAUGCUUAAUCAAUUAAAAAUGGAAAAUGCCAUGGAAAUUAAUCAAAAGCUCUAACAAAGCAAUAAUGCUGUAUUCAACGAUAUCAAAAAUAAUAACUAGAAUUUAAUAAACCAAAAUCCUAACAAUGUUCAAGAGUUCAAAUAAAUUUGA